AUGCCCGACAAACCUGCGACAGUUGCAGCCUAUGCUGCCGGCGCCUCCCUAGCCGCUAUCACCCUCUUUUACGUCUUCGGCCCUAAUUUCACGAUCGACAACGAGGAAUCGAAUACUAGCACGAGAAAGAAGGGAAUUGUCGGCCUCUACAACCCGUCCAAUGACUGCUUCAUCAAUUCUGUUCUGCAAGCCCUGGCUGGCCUGGGCGACCUCCGUUUAUACCUAAUUCGCGAACUACAUCGACGGCAGUUGGAAGGGCCAGAAAUAUACAACUCUUUACCGGAUAUCGAAAGUAUUCCCCGCGGCGAGACACCUGAGAAGGUGCGCGAGCUACAGCAGGCAUCCGUCACCAGAGCGCUGAAAGAGAUGCUCGAUAGCCUCAAUGAGCGACCCAUAUAUAAGAAGACGAUAUCCGCGCGGACAUUUAUAUUGGCUUUGGAGUCUGCGUUUCAGACACGGAUAAGCCGGAAUCAGCAGGAUGCGCAGGAAUUCUUACAGAUUGUUGCGGAGCGCCUGUGUGACGAAUACCAUGCCGGUGUUAAGGCGCGGGAGAGGGCCGCUGCAUCCUCACUCAAAGCGGGUGUGGUGAAUUCGAUAUUGGAAGCAAAGCCCGUGGGUAGAUCUGGUAUUGGGGAUAGUGAUUCCGAAUUAGAGAACGGAUCGUCAUCCUUGGACACGGGAGCUGAGGCUUUGGAUACGGAGUUUCCGUUCCCUUUUGAAGGGAAGAUGGAAUCUCAAAUAGAGUGCGAAUCGUGCCAUUUUGAAUAUAAACCAAACCCGACCUCGUUCGUCAAUCUUACGCUCCAAGUGCCCCAGAAGAGCUCUGUUACUCUAAGUUCGUGUUUUGACGGGCUGCUCAAAACGGAAUACAUCGAUGAUUUCCGAUGUGGCAAGUGUGUUCUCCUCCACGCUCUGCAAAUAAAAGAAGCCGCAAAGAAGAAGGCUCUGUCAGAGAGGGAAAUCAAACACUGGGAUCAUGAGAUAUCGCUCAUAAAACAUGCCCUGGAGAUUGACCCUGAAACCAUCCCCAGGGGCGUGAGCAUGCCAAAUACACAAAACGUCCCGAAACGCAAGAUCGCGAGACAUAUGCGAAUCACAUCCUUCCCUAAAAUAAUAGCCAUACACCUAUCCCGGUCGAUAUUUGACCAGAACAGCUCUUCAAAGAACGCCGCUAAGGUCUCGUUCCCGGAACGACUGCCUAUCGGCGGCAUCCUCGACCAGAAAUGGUAUAAGCUACUAGGAAUAGUAUGCCACAAGGGCAGCCACCACAGCGGCCAUUACGAGUCUUUCCGACGCAAUCACCUCUAUGCCCCAUUUUCCACCCCAGACACUUUCCGCUCCUACUCGCAAAGUCGCUCUCCUAGUCGGAAUACGUCCACCGCCCCCAGCCCCAGUAUCAACCCGAAACACAAGACAGCUGCUGCACAAGACUUAGAGGCCAGUCCCCUGAGCAUGUCCGAUGAUACCCAAUCUUCAUCAGCAUCCUGCACCUCCCUCCCCGUCCCCUCAUUACCCACAUCCUCUUCUCAUGUUUUAACCAGCAUACAUAACACAGCACCCACCCAGCCAUCUCCGACAUCAACACAGUCAACCCCGUCGUCGCAAGAGCAACAAGAAAGCAGGGAUAUUUCCAUCACUUCACCAGUCACGCCACGGCUCAAACCAUCUCCAUCAGAUCCCAAUGCUGCUACAUCUUCACGCACAUCUUCUUUAAGACGCCAGUCCAUCACCAAGGCAGCAAAGAUUACGGGGCCAGGAACAGGCAUUCCAUCGCGGUUACAAUGGAAGAAACGGCCAAGUGACCGCUGGUGGAGAAUCAGCGAUGAUAAGGUUAAGGAGUGCAAGACUAGUGAUGUGCUGGGGAUGCAGAGGGAGGUUUACUUGCUCUUUUACGAGAUGGAGAGACCGGGAGAUGAUGAGCAGUAG